GGUAUGGUGGGGUGUGCUGGAAUUAAUGAAUGGUGACCGAAAAAAAGCAGUCAAAACCGCGGUCAAAAAUGUACAGCUAACCUGUACGUUGGGUUACUCAAGGUUAUGGAACCAUACGAAGAUCAAGUGCCCGAAGGCGAUCUGGCGGAAGAAGAAUACUAUGACGAAGAAGAAUAUGAUGAAUAUGAAGAUUACGAUGCGCCCCAGGUUGGAGAUGCCAUCAUGAUUGCAGGAGAGGACGGCGAUGCUUGGGACGAUACAGCUCUGAUAGAAGCUUGGGAUGAAGCUGUCAAAGAAUACCAGACGUAUCACAGUACCACCGCCGCAGAUGAUCCACCCUUCAGCAAAAAGGCGGCGACAAAACCUGCCAAAGUAGUAGCAACACCACAGCAACAAACUUUCAAAAAAAGACCCGCGCCUAUACCAUCAGAUUCACAGAUGAACCCCUCAGCACACAGCAACCACGCCAAACGCGUUAAAAAAACACCAUCACAGUCAACUUCUGCAUUAGACCAAGAAAGUCGAUCAAGUACGCGCAACGAUACAACACCAGUUCGAACGGAUGAAGGGGAAGCAGACGCCAAUGCGUCUGGGUACCAGUAUCCAAACUAUUGGCCACAACAACCUUAUGACAGUAACGCAAGUUCGGCACCACCACCGCCCCCAAUGUCACAUCCGAGCACCAAUGCGCCAGGCGAAGAUGAAGCACUUUCCAAUCUGAUGAUGGCAUGGUACUAUAGCGGAUAUUAUACUGGAUACUACCAAGCUAUGAGAAAACGAUGAUAAUCAUUUUAGAUCAUGUACUAUAAAAU